CUCUCGCGUCAAUCAAAAAGAAACUGAGCAACGCGUAGUAUUAAUGUGUUACAUAUAUUAAUAAUAAGCUUAUUGAUUAAGUGAAGUGUUUGUUGAUUGUGACAAAGCGAGCGUUCCAGCGUACUUAUUGACCAGCCGACCGUGGAAAUGGAAGCAUUAAUUCCAGUUAUCAACAAAUUACAAGAUGUCUUCAAUACCGUCGGCUCUGACUCAAUACAAUUGCCGCAAAUUGUUGUGCUCGGCAGUCAGAGUUCGGGCAAGAGUUCCGUUAUUGAGAGCAUUGUCGGACGUUCGUUUCUGCCACGUGGAACGGGCAUCGUCACACGCCGUCCGCUAAUACUGCAGCUGAUCUACUGCCCGCUGGAGGAUCGUGAGCAUCGCUCGGCCGAGAAUGGCACAGUCAAUGCGGAGGAAUGGGGACGUUUUCUGCACACGAAGAAAUGCUUCACGGACUUCAAUGAGAUACGUCUGGAGAUCGAGAACGACACGGAACGUGUGGCGGGCAACAACAAGGGCAUAUGCCCGGAUCCCAUUAAUCUGAAGAUAUUCUCGACUCGCGUUGUCAACUUGACGCUUGUGGAUCUGCCCGGCAUAACGAAGGUGCCUGUCGGGGAUCAGCCCGAGGAUAUUGAGUUGCAAAUCAAGGAUUUGGUCGUCAAAUACAUUGAGAAUCCCAAUUCGAUAAUAUUGGCGGUAACGGCGGCCAACACGGACAUGGCAACGAGUGAGGCCCUCAAGCUGGCCAAAGAUGUGGAUCCCGAUGGCAGGCGCACUUUGGCCGUCGUCACCAAACUGGAUCUCAUGGAUGCCGGCACUGAUGCCAUUGAUAUAUUGUGCGGUCGCGUCAUACCCGUCAAGCUGGGCAUCAUCGGUGUGAUGAAUCGUUCGCAGCAGGACAUCAUCGACAAGAAGGACAUCGAGGAACAGAUGAAGGACGAGGCGGCCUUCCUCCAGCGCAAAUAUCCCACGCUGGCCACACGCAACGGCACACCGUAUCUGGCCAAGACGCUUAACCGCCUGCUGAUGCAUCACAUACGCGACUGCCUGCCCGAUCUUAAGACGCGCGUGAACAUUAUGGCCACGCAAUUCCAAUCGCUGCUUAACUCUUACGGCGAGGAUGUCUCGGACAAGAGCCAAACGCUGCUGCACAUAAUCACAAAGUUCUCCAGCGCCUAUUGCUCGACGAUUGAGGGCACGGCCCGGAAUAUUGAGACAACGGAGCUGUGUGGUGGAGCACGUCUCUGUUACAUUUUCCAUGAGAUCUUUGGGCGCACCUUGGACUCGAUACACCCGCUGGCCGGCUUGACCAAAAUGGACAUACUGACGGCUAUAAGGAAUGCGACGGGACCGCGACCAGCGCUGUUUGUGCCCGAGGUGUCGUUCGAGCUGCUGGUGAAGCGUCAAAUACGGCGGCUGGAGGAGCCCUCUCUGCGCUGCGUGGAGCUGAUACACGAGGAAAUGCAACGCAUUGUGCAGCACUGCGGCAACGAGGUGCAACAGGAGAUGCUGCGUUUUCCCAAGUUGCAUGAGAAGAUUGUCGAUGUGGUGACGCAACUGUUGCGCUGUCGUCUGCCUGCCACAAAUGUGAUGGUCGAGAACAUUGUGGCCAUCGAGCUGGCGUACAUUAAUACAAAGCAUCCGGACUUCCACAAGGAGGCCGCACUUGUGCCCAGUCUACUCAAGACGGACAACGAGUAUUCCCAGUCGCGACGCCAGAAUACGCCACGCAACACAAACUUUUCGACGCAGGGCUCCAUGCACAGCUCCAUGCAGAACCAGCAGCAGUCAGUGCAACAGCAACAACAACAACAGCAGCAACAACAGCAGCAACAACAGCAGCAGCAACAACAACAAAAUGAUGUCGCUGACCAGAAUCACGUUGGCGAGAACUCAACGGGCUCCUCGUGGCUGUCGAACAUUUUACCACCCGCGCCCAAUCGUCCCGACAGCCUUGAGAACUCGGCCAGCAAUACGCCGGUGCACAACAACAUGAUGCAUCCACUGAAGCCCGUUAAUCUGCUGCCCGAUGUGCCGGCUAUGCACAAUCCGCGUCGCCUCACCGACAAGGAGCAAAAGGAUUGUGAUGUCAUUGAGCGCCUGAUCAAAUCGUAUUUCUAUAUUGUGCGCAAAUCCAUACAAGACUCAGUACCAAAGGCAAUUAUGCAUUUCUUGGUUAACUACGUUAAGGACAACUUGCAAAGUGAGCUGGUUACCCAUUUGUAUAAAUCGGAAAAGGCUGAAACACUGCUGAAUGAAUCCGAUCACAUUGCGAUACGCCGCAAAGAAGCAGCAGAUAUGUUAAAGGCGCUCACACGUUCAAAUCACAUUAUCAGCGAAAUACGCGAGACUCAUAUGUGGUAGUGUGGGUCUCUCUAUGUGUGUGUGUAUUUGGACCCGGAAAUUCGACUUAAAUCCCAAGCAGCAAUUGGGCAGCAGCAUUCAACACAUUUAACGCACUAUUUAUUGAAGACAACUGCAACUACAACUAUAAACAUAGAAAACAAA